AUGUUCACCUCCGUGCGAGACCAGGGCCGCCGGCGUCGCAGUCAAACCUACGGCGUUAGCAAGGGCGCCCGCUCAUCCAAGUUGUCCCUCCUUUCUGCAAUAACCACUGGUUCGCAUGGUUCGAACGACAGUGCUUCUACCAUCACUCAAGAAUCCUAUACAAAGUCCUCGUCAAGUUCCGGCAAGAAGCGGAGGACAUCAAACCAAAAACGAUCCCGAGAAAGUCGAGAUGGUAAGCUGGCAUCUGGGAAAGGCAGUAUAGACAAGACAAAGGGGGAAAAGAGCAUGUCUAAAGACUCGAUCGAUGUCUUUGCAUUCCUUGUCCAAGACGAUAACCAGUCCACUUCCACACAGCAGCCCCAGAAAGCAGCCCAUUUUGGACAAGCGGCUCCGCCGGGACACGAAGAGUCAGAUAAUGAAAGUAUGGGGAGAAGUCUGCAUUCUGACUCGGGCAUCUCGAUGGGGGACAACAGCGUUGGUCACCCUGCUAGCGAGCUUACCCUUGAAAGCCAUUUGCCACCAUUGCCCGAGGACAGACAGGAAAUAAGUGACGGUCAAGAACAGUUGGCAAGCAGACCACACCACACUCGACCACCUCGGUGGAAGUGGCCCGAUAUACCACUAGCCACUCACCAGUCCAACAUCAGUGAGCCUCGCAGCAGGACUCCCAGCCCCAGCCAGCGCCGUGUACGCUUCUCAUGGCCCCCAAAACGGGCUGACAAAGGGUCCCGGGUGCCGAGGGAGCGGUUGUCCGGCUACGACCUCGUUGCUGAUCACUUGUCACGGGGAGCACUUCCCCCGGUGUUUCGACAGUUUGGCAAGAUCCACUUUCGAGUGUUACUGCAGAUCCAGGAUGAAAUUGUGGAAAUGGAGGAAGAACUCGCCGCGCUGGACCUGGCUGAUGGCGAGAACCGUCUCAGCUCUGACGGCAGCACCUCCCCAGCCUCGCGCCGCGUCAACUGGCAAUGGGGUCUGUCCGAGCUGCAAGCGCGGCGGUUAGAGGUGUUGGGCAGGCUGUAUAUCAAACUGGAGCAAUACUAUCAAGCUCUGAUAUCGGGCCAGAAGGUGCAGAAACUGUCCACCCUCGCCAUGCCGGCGGACAUUGAGCAAUUUCGAGCAUGGCUGCAAGAACACAAUCCUUUGUCAACUCCCGAGGCCAAGUUCCUGGACGACGAAGACGAUUUGGUCUCCUUGAGAGAAGCAUCGGCUCCCCCGGGGCACACAGAACCCCCGCUAGAUCUGAUUGCUCUGUGUAUUGUCGCCAUGGCCCUCUUUCCGCUGUUGUGCUUCAAAAUGAUAACUGGCGUCUUGAAUAGAUUGAUCCUCCUCACGGCAUUGUGGGCUGCCGGGUGCCACAGACUGGAAAAGCUGCACCGAGUAAAAGUCGAGCAGCAUCAGCAAUGGCUCGUGGCAUGUUUUGGAGUUUCUCUGGUCGCUGCAUUGUUCUUGUAG